UUCAAGGGUGUGUCCCCGACACCCGGCGGCAUCUGCGAUCUGGGAGAAAGAUACCCGGCGGCGGGGAGAGAACCCAGCCCCGCAGGCAGGGGGAGAGGCUCGCUGCCCCGCCUCCCUCCACCAGAUUUCGUCGGGGAGGGAGCCUCCCGGCUCCCGCCCCCCACAGGCCCAGCCGCGUGGAGCGUCUGGGAGCGAAGAGAAGCAGUCAGCCCGCGGAGAUGGAGGCGGCGGGCACCUGGGUGCUGCUGCUGCUGCUGCUGCUGCUCCUGGUGCUGACGCUGGCGCUGCCCGGGACCCGGCGCCGAGGCCACCUGCCCCCGGGGCCCACGCCGCUGCCGCUGCUGGGGAACCUCCUGCAGCUCCGGCCUGGAGCGCUGUACCUGGGGCUUUUGCAGCUGGGUAAGAAGUACGGACCAGUUUUCACUGUGUACCUGGGACCCUGGCGGCGUGUGGUGGUCCUGGUUGGGCGCGAGGCUGUGCAAGAGGCCUUGGGAGGUCAGGCCGAGGAGUUCAGCGGGCGAGGGAUAGUGGCGACGCUGGAUGGGACCUUUGAUGGCCAUGGGGUUUUGUUCUCCAAUGGAGAGCGAUGGAGGCAGCUGAGGAAAUUCACCACGCUGGCUCUGCGGGAGCUGGGCAUGGGGAAGCCAGAAGGCGAGGAGCUGAUCCAGGCGGAGGCCCAGCAUCUGGUGGAGUCGUUCCAGGGGACAAAAGGACGGCCAUUUGACCCCUCCUUGCUGCUGGCCCAGGCCACCGCCAACAUCAUCUGCUCCCUUGUCUUCGGCCUCCGCUUCCCCUACGACAGUGAGGAAUUCCAGGCCAUGGUCCGGGCAGCUGGCGGCACCACCAUGGGGGUCAGCUCCCCGUGGGGUCAGACAUACGAGAUGUUCUCCUGGCUCCUGCCGCGCCUGCCAGGCCCCCACACACAGCUCCUUGGCCACUUGGGCACCCUGGCUGCCUUUGCCGUCCAGCAGGUGCAGCGGCACCAGGGAAGCCUGGACACCUCGAGCCCCGCACGUGAUGUUGUGGAUGCCUUCCUGCUGAAGAUGGCAAAGGAGAAGCAAGACCCAAACACAGAAUUCACUGACAAGAACUUGCUGAUGACGGUCAUUAAUCUGCUGUUUGCUGGGACAGUGACAGUCAGCACCACAAUCCGCUACACCUUCCUGCUCCUGCUGAAAUACCCUGAGGUCCAAGAGCGGGUGCAGGAGGAGCUGACUAGGGAGCUGGGGGCCGGCCGGGCGCCCUGUCUGGCAGACCGAGCCCGCCUCCCCUACACGGAUGCGGUUCUGCACGAGGCACAGAGGCUGCUGGCACUGGUACCCAUGAGCAUGCCCCGAGCCCUCACCAAGACCACCCGCUUCCGGGGGUACACCCUGCCCCAGGGCACAGAGGUCCUCCCUCUCCUUGGCUCCAUCCUGCAUGACCCCAAGGUCUUCCAGCAGCCGGAGGAGUUCAACCCCGGCCGAUUCCUGGACGCGGAAGGGAAGUUCAAGAAGCAGGAGUCGUUUCUGCCCUUCUCCUUAGGUAAGCGCGUCUGCCUUGGGGAGGGCCUGGCUCGGGCCGAGAUCUUCCUCCUGUUCACCGCCGUCCUGCAGGCCUUCUCGCUGGAGAGCCCCUGCCCACCGGGUGCCCUGAGCCUCCAGCCAGCCGUCAGCGGCCUUUUCAACAUCCCCCAAGCCUUCCAGAUGCAAUUUCGGCCCCACUGACCUCCAUCUGACCCGCCGUGUGGACUGGAUGAAGGAGGGCACCUUGGGAGGGGGCAGGCAGCCUCAACAGUGGGCAUGGAUAUGGCUGGGACUCCAGAGCCGCACGUCUACACCACAGGCAGCCACAUUCAUGCACCUGGAGCUGUUUUCUAGAGUCAGUCACACGUAUAUUCAGCCUCCACAUCCACGGGGUCCUCGGCCCACACAGCUGUUGAGACUUGGAACCACACACCCAGAUCCCAACCACGCGGGCCGUGAGGCAAUGUGGCCACACAGCUUUCUACAGACAUACAUUUAGUCCAUCAGGAAUCACAGCCACAUGCCCAGAUAACCCACCAACUCAAAUACCACACGACCCCCCUGGACUCACAACCUACACAUUCAAGUUCAGCCGCCAGUGUUCUCGGCCCGUGUGCCCUCUUCACUCCUCAGACUUCCCAGUGUUGCCAUCUCUGGGAGCCUGGUGCAGAGAACAUGUCCCAUGCUGGCUCAUGUCACCUCACAGAGACCCUCUUUAUCUGCGGCCCUCAGGUCAUGGUACCAGUGUCCUUGUACAAGGCUUUCUCCAGCUACAUGCCCCCAACCAGUGAACCACACAGUCAACCCAAGUGUGACACUGGCCUGCCCACUGAGACAAGCUACUCCCACAGGGACACAGCCAUGGUCUCCUGUGCACCUUCAGCCCUCAGGGACACCCCUUUCCAAGCACCCUGAUCCCCAGAUGCUCCCAAAUACAAACACACCCCCAAUGUGCAGUUGUGCAUACAAGCCUGUGGACUAAGCAAACUUGGACACACAUGGACCCUCAGAACAGAGGAACACACACACACACACACACACACACACACACACUCCAGCUUAUAUAACUUGAAAAACCUCCCCUGCUCCCCAGUCCCCCUCAACACACACUGACGCACUGCCCCUACUCUGUGUCAAAGUCCCAGUUAGACCUCGUGGAAGGGACCAGACUCCAACUCCCUGGGUCAGGGAAGAGGCCAGGUCUGACGUCUUUGUGACUCCGAAGAUCCCCGUUUUGCAAUAAAAGUUCCUUUCUAGACCCUG